AUAGCCAAGGAUGGGAUAAAUAUAUACGACUAUUUUAUCGAUAACACAAAAUGUGAAUUGUAACUAAAAUAAUACAAUACUGAAUAAGUGCUACUUUGUCUUAAGGGUUGUGGGCACAUCUGUCCGAUGUGGCUGCAAAUUCAAAUUCAGUAAAUUAACGGAGUAUGUAGGAUUAAGGAAGGAUAGAAGAAAUGUAAGAAUCGACGUCUCUUAUACGUAACGGCGCGAAACCUGAGCAACGGACCAAGGUGCGAGGCAGACGAGGCGGGGAGGGGUGCAAGCAGUGGGGUGCGGCAGCGGCGCCGCUCAGUUGUUUAUCCAGGUCCUCAACUGGGCAAGCCUAGCCAAGCCUGUUGCGGUGCCGCAGGCUCGUCGUAAGAACAUUGCGACACAGCACUUCUCGUGUGGCCUCACCCUCUCUCUCGUAGGUAUCUACGAAUAUUGAUGAUACGAGUUAAUUAAAUCUCGACCACCUGGAGUUAAGGUACAUGAUUUUGUAAGAUUUUUUUUUAUCUGGAUUAGAUUAGAUAUGUUGACGUUAACGAAUAUAAUAUUUAUUACAAUUUCUAUAAUAUUUUUACCAAAAUGUAUUGCAGUAGAUUACUGUGGCACCAAUUAUUGCAAUAGCAGUAAGCAACAUACAUUGUGCAAAUAUAAAGGACUAGCCAGCCAUUGUACAGCUUAUGAAAAAACUAUUUUCACCGCAAAUGAUAGACAAAUCAUUCUGGAUAAAAUAAACAGUCGACGUAAUAAAGUCGCCGCCGGUGAAAUCCGAUCUCUUCCACCUGCUGAAAGUAUGCUAAAGAUGGAAUGGAACAAAGAGUUAGAAAUUUCAGCGCAAAGGUGGGCGGACCAGUGUGUAAAACACAGGGUACCUGACAUUCAAGAUACUUGUCGAGAUUUAGGAAAAUUAACAGUUGGUCAAAAUAUUGCUACGAUACACGGUGAAUCUCCCGGACUAGUACCCUUUGCCCUGGUCGACGUGUGGUACAUGGAAUUGCUGAACAUCAAUUCUUCGAUAAUGUUACGAUAUAAACCGUCUGAAACCAGUAAUUCCCAUUAUGAUUAUUUUACACAACUUGUUUGGGAGGAGUCAAAUCAAGUCGGCUGUGGCGGAGUUAAAUUUAAAGAACGCCUUGACGAUGCAAAUAAAAAAUAUAGAACGAUUUAUAGAUUGGUAUGCAAUUUUGCCCCCGCCGGCAAUAUUCGAAACAGAUCUGUUUAUUCGAGUGGUGUACCUUGCUCUAGAUGUCCUAUUGAUGGCUCUUGUGAUUCGGUAUAUGAAGCACUGUGUCUUCAAAACUCUAUAACGAUAAAUGAUGCACAAGAAGAAAAUCGCGCUAUUUCCUAUCGAUCCGACGAUGUGACUGAAAAUACUACCACAAAUGUUUUUCCGGCCGUUACAGAAACUAUUACUGAAGAUGUGAUAUCUACGUCAACUGAAAGCAUACAGUUUAUUUCUGAUGUUACAUUAGGAAGAGAAAUCUUUACACCAUUCGAUUACUUUUCUCAUUUAUUUGAUUAUACGAAGCAAUUGAUAACUUCACGUACUAAUACAAGUUCAUGCAAAAAUAUUAUGGCUGUAGACAACUUCGUAGAAUUACUGAAGAAAAAGUUAAUAAACGAUCCUAUGAUAAAAGACCUACUAUCCACAUCAAAAUCACAUACGAUUAGUAAUUCUGAAGCCUCAUUUGAUGAUGUCGGUGUGGCAGCUUUCAUUGACGGAGUGUACAGUAAAAAAGAGCUGCCUACAACAUCAAAACCAAUGACGAGUGAAUUCGUAAAUUCUACAUUUUUAGUCGAUUUGAUUGAAGCUGUGAUAUUCAGAAGUGGUGACAAAAUGCCGAUAUCUGAGAAAAGCAGUCCAAAUACUCCACCUUUGUCUUCAGUUCAACGUGUUAUGGUUCAGGCAGAACUUGCAGAAGUUAAACAAAAUAACGAGUUCACUGGGCAUUACUUUUUUCCUGAAGAUGAGGAACAGAGUAACACUGAAAGCAUAGAAAGCAUAGAAACCUACUAUGAUGAUAUAAAUUUACCUGUGUCAGACUUGGUCCUAGAAGAUUUAAAAAUAAGCACAGUUACCAACGAUUUUUUAGACGAUAUUUUAGAUUCUGAUACCUCCAUUGAAAGUACGACUGCAAUCGCUAUGUUGUCCCCGGAUAGUAUAAAUUUGUAUAAAAGCGGGCAUGGCGUUAUGAAAAAGUUUUUGCAAAAUAUUAACCAGAAUACUAACUCAAAAUGAGCAAUUUGUAUCACAUAUAAUGCUUAAAUAAAAAAGAAGAAGAAAAAUCUGCAUAAAAACCAUCACCAAUACCAACAAUAUUAUAUUUUUUAUUAUGUUUUUUUUUUAAACAUAGAGCAUGAAAAGAGCAUAGAAUAUUUUUGACUAAAUCGGAGUUUAUCUGCUAUAAUAUAAACAUAGAAGCCACUCGAAGCAUCUUUUGCGCCCAACGUGUAAAAGUUUACAAGUAUGUUUCCUUUGUUAAUGAUAUUAAUAAUGCGGGAUUGACUUGCUGAUAGGACUGAUUCUUAAUGAAUUUUUACAAGGAAUUGUUGCUUCUAAUUUUAUAUAACAACAAAACCAGGAUUGACUCAAAGAGUGAAAUGCAUCCUUAAUUCCUAAUUUGUCGAAACUUUAGUUUAAUAUUGUUUAUAAAAGCAGUUUAGUCACUUUCUUAAUAAAUGAAAACGAUUCACUUAAGUGUUAUU